AUGCUUUCAUUGAAUGAAUUUUGUAUUGCUCUCUUCCUCAUGGAGAGACACAGGGAAGGCCACUCUCUUCCUAAGGCACCUCCAUCUGGCAUUCUGUUUGAGAGGACAUCAGUGACAAUAGUAGUGAUACUCCUAGUGUUGAGGUGGGUUGACAUUUUUUUUGUUUGUAAGCUAAGAGAUCAUGAUUUAUAUUUUGUGUUAAUAGUUUAUUUCUCCGAAGUGCAGGCUAAUGAAUACUUUUCUUAUCCAUCAGGAGCAAAAGAAGAAGGUUUAGUGAAGGAAAGUGACAGCACCCCAACUUGUAUGACAUCUGUUAAGAGGAGAGGAUCAGCAGGUGUGGUGGAAACCUUGAUGCUUUUGAAAUCACAUGACAACAUGCAUGCUCCAUUUACUCAGGAUCCACCAAUUAUGACAGAAGACAUGCAUGAAGAAAGGCUCCAUGCAGUUGAAGUCUUGGGCGAUUCUUUUAUACUUCAUUAUCUGGAAACAGUAAGACAAAAUCAAUUGGAGCAAAUGGUGUGUACUGCUUUCAGAGCUGCAGCUGACACUCUUAACCAGACUAGAGUUGGUGGGUUAAAGAACAUGACAAUAAAAAUCGACCAAUUAUACUUUACCAUUGCUUCUGCAUUGAAGCCUUUGCAAGCGAACAAGCUACCGGGUGAUAUGGAAAUAUUCCAAGAUGUAAAACGGCUUUGUGUUGUAUUCGAACACGUGGAGAAGCUGCUAACACUUGGCAGUGGCAGUGGGAAUCAAUGGAGUCACCAACAGGGGAAGAUUGGUGAUCAUAAUUCUCUAGGAAUAAUACCUUUGGCAAUAAAGGACGUUUUCAGCAUUAUACAGGAUACGCCAGGAAGGGAGUUCUUAUUUCCUUUGUCCUACAUUGAGAUCUAUAAUGAGGAUCAUACUCCCUCCGUUGACCAACCGUUGACUGAGUCAAAAGGAAUAACUGUUGAGAAGGAUGUUUUGGAACAAAGCAAUAGCCAGUAUGAGCUUCAAGGCGAAUACGUGUUUCCCGGGUCACUAGCUGGAAAAGAAACAGGAAAAGGGAACUUACUAAGAAGAGCAAUGGCUGGUUAUUUAGGGAGUGUGAUAUCUUCUAUGGGUCGCUGGAGAAUGAGGCUUGAGAUUUUGAGGCCAGAAUUGGAGCAGAUUAAGCAGGAGAUGCAAGAUAGGGGCAUGAGUCCAUCAGCUGUAGCUAAAGGUCAGGAAAAAAUGAAGAAAGUAUUCAAGGAGCACGGUGUUAGUACAUUUACUCCAUUGAAGGGGCUUUUCAUCCAAGGCCCCGUCUUUGUCAGCUUUUUUCUUGCUAUUCAGAACAUGGUGGAAAAGGUCCCAUCUUUCCAAAAUGGUAGCAUCUCUUGGUUCAUUGACCUUACGACUGUUGAUACUUUCUACAUUCUUCCUUGUUUGACUGCAUUUUCAUUUUGGAUAACCAUACAGGUAAUUCAUAUUGUAGUGUAUUUAUUCCAAAUCCCACAUUAUUUGGAUGGAGAAAAGGGUCACAAGAAUUAUCGGAGCAGGGUUUAA